AUGGGCACUCGAAGUCCGACCACGAAGCGCAUCAUGAAAGAGGCAUCGGAGCUCGCCAGUCAACCCUCGCCCGACUUUCAUGCUGCACCGCUCGAAACGGAUCUCUUUGAAUGGCACUUCACAAUCCGCGGCCCGCCUGCCCCCUCACCUUUUGAAGGCGGCGUCUAUCAUGGCCGCAUUGUCCUUCCACCCGCAUAUCCGCUGAAGCCACCCUCCUUCCGCUUUUUGACCGCCAGCGGUCGAUUUGAAGUGAACCGAGAGAUCUGUCUGUCCAUCAGUGGUCAUCACGAGGAGAGCUGGCAGCCAGCAUGGGGAAUUCGCACUGCACUCGUAGCGAUCCGUAGCUUCAUGGACACUGAUGCCAAGGGACAGCUGGGCGGCAUGGACGCGAGUGAUGAGGUGCGAAGACGCUUCGCUGCACAGAGCAUGUCUUCGAGAUGCGCAACGUGUGGGAAGAGCAAUGCCGAUAUUGUCAAGGAGAUGAACGAGGCUGCAAAGGAAGUGGGCGAGACAAAACCGGAGGAAGUACCUGAGCAGCUGAGACUUGCAUAUCGCGAAGACUUGAGUAAAGCAGAGGGAAAGAUGCCGGAGGGGCAAUCCAAAGCGUCACCACAGCCACCUGCUCCUGUUAUGCAAAACAACCCGGCGCUGACUCCCACUCCAACCACAGCACAGGCGCGACCGGCACCAGUCCCUCCUGCUGCGCCUACCAUUGUGCCUCAACAGCAGCAACGUCAGCCUGUGCGACAGGACGAUGGCGUGCCGGCGUGGAUCGACAAGUCCAUCUAUAGCGUGGCGUUUGCCCUGCUGAUCUUUGUGUGGUCAAAGUGGUUUGUGUGA